AUACAUUAAGUACGAUCACUUCGUAUCAGUGAGUGCCGGCGCCAUGUUGGUUCAAGAAUUUAAAUUGUACGAGAAUAUUUUUAUUGAAACGAAUAUACAAGCGGCGAAUUACGAUGGAGUUAUUUUUAUUCUAUAUCCACAAGAGAUGAAUGUGGACCUUCCGUGCCAUAUAAACAGCUUUAUAGACAACAUUUCGAAGCUGGACAAACAUAUAUACAAAGUGCCUACAGUCUGGAAUUGUGACUAUGUGUCAGGAGGCCGUCUUGUACUCUCUCCAACGGGAAAGAUAACGCCAUACCAUGACGUAAGUGUCAUUAGAGAUGCAGCCAAGAAGGGUAUGGCUAGAGCGUUAGACGCUGGAAUGAAGAAACCACUGCUGGUCAUUGAAAAUGUGGUCAAUUUCCCAGAUGGACAACUCGUCGGUAUCCUUGGUGCGUUGGAAGCUAUGUAUGUGCCAUUACAAGUUCGCGAGUUUAAGGACUCGAAGAAUUUUAUCCAUAUAGGAUUCCAUUCUGAUGAAAAAAUUACUGAAGCAUUCGAGAAGGUUGUGAGAAAUGCUUUGGCGUUGGAGAGAUCGAGGAUAUUUGCGCGUGACAUCGCUGGAGGGGAUCCAGAAAGAAUGGCACCUGCUAAAAUUGUUGAGUAUGUGAAGCACUCGUUCGCUGGUGACACCAACAUAAGCAUCAACGUCAUUGAAGAUCAAGAGGUAAUUGCGAAGGAAUAUCCUCUGUUAGCAGCUGUAUCAAGGGCUGCCAAUAAUGUCGAAAGACAUAAAGCGAGAGUUGUAGAAAUUCAUUACAAUCCUUCUAUUCCAAGCCGCGUGAUUGAAACCCUAUUGUUGGUUGGUAAAGGAGUGACAUACGACACAGGCGGAGCAGAUGUUAAGAUUUCCGGUAGGAUGGCUGGCAUGUCAAGAGACAAAAGUGGUGCUGCAGCGGUAGCAGGCUUUUUAAAAGCUUGCUCCAUUUUAAAACCACCACAUCUUAAAGUUACUGGCGUACUAUGUCUAUGCAGGAACUCAAUUGGUGAAGAUUCGUAUGUAGCAGAUGAGUUGCUCAUAUCCAGAAGUGGUAAGUCUGUACGAGUGACGAACACAGAUGCAGAAGGCCGCCUGGCAAUGGCGGAUUCGGUGUUCAAAUGUUCAGAGAUUGCACUAAAGGAACUCAAUCCACAUAUCUACACAAUUGCUACGUUGACAGGCCACGCCAGGGCGUGCUAUGGAAACUAUACAGCUGCGAUGGACAAUCACAGCGCGAAAGCCGCAAACCACUCAGGCAAAUUGCUGUUCAGUGGUUCCAGGAUGGCUGAAGGCAUCGAAGUUUCCACCGUCAGAGCUGAAGACUUGGCUAUCAAUAAUGGUAAAUGUAAGGGAGACGAUUUGGUUCAGUACGACACUGAUGCGAAAUGUCGUAACCAUCAGUUGGCUGCUGGUUUCUUAAUCAAAGUGGGUGGUGUUGAGGAGAAUAACAUUAAAUACACACAUUUGGACAUCGCUGGUGGCGCUGGCUGUUUCCCUGAGGAGCCAACUGCUGUACCUAUUCUGACACUGUGCCACGCCCAUAAAGUUUUGACUAUGUAAUUUAAUAUAAUACUGUUUUAUCGUAAACCAAUAAUCAAGGUUUCGCGUGCCACAAUUGCGUGGUCACGGGUGACUGAAGAUGUUAAAUGUAUCAGUAUCAAUACACGCGAUUCCAUGACCUUAAUAACAUAUAAUUACCUAACCGCCAACGAGGCUUAGUUAAGGAGACAGGCUCGAAAUCCAGAGUUUGAUUUCCAGUAGAAUGUUAUUUAUAGGGAAUAAAACAUUGGAUAUUUUAGUUAAUAUAUUUUUAUAUUUAAUCAGAUAAAACAGUAUUGUAUUUUUACCAAAAAUGGUAAUAAGAAAAUGUGUAUUGAAUCAUGAUUUUUCAAUUAUAAAAGUCAGGUUAAGGGAAAAUGUUUUAAUUAUUUAUAGCGUACUAAAUACUUUAAAUAGGUAUUGUCUGUUUCAUUAUUUUGCCUUAAAAUAUUCGUAGUUCGUAGUUAUUCAUGGUUAAGUACGAUAAAAAUAGAUACUCAGGAUAAAUAAAAAACUAUAUUUCUACAUAGAUUAUAUAAAUGUUUUAUUAUACAGUUUUUCAUUAUUACAUAGCAAGAAUUAUAAUAAUUAAAUGAUAUAUAGAAAAUUAAAUCAAACUUAAAAACUUAAGGUGUUGUGGCAGUGUACCUAGUACAGUACUUUUACGUUGAGCGAGGAAGUACCAGCUCCGUGGUUACCGAUUGUACCUAUACAGAAUACACAAAUUAGUUUUUAUUCAAAUCAAUUUAUUAUUAAAAUUUCAUACUAAACAAUUAUACACUUUUUAAUAAUAUACUUUAUUGAAUUUGUUUAUACGCCGCCAUAGACAUGGACAAUCUAAUUUCUUUAAAUAAUUAUUGCAUAAUGUUAUUAUGUUUUAUUAACUGCGCAUUCAAAACCAUAUUCAAAUUGCUUGUACCUGUCCCAUACCUCUACCCCCUAGAUAAUAAAAAAGACUACAAAUUGUAUUCAGAAUAAAUUUCACUU